AUGCACCUCCUAUCUCUCGGCAUCUUUGCCUUACAGACGACUUCUGUUGCUUUGGCCAACCCGUUGCCUCAAGCGGACGCAGGAGCCAUUGCCGCCGCUGAAGGCGUCGAGGAACUGGCUGCUCUCGCUCAGUCUGCCUAUGCGAAGUCUGAAGAGCUUCUCAACAGCGGAGAGCUACAGAAGCGAGGGAGCACUUGUACGCCCGGCAACAUCAAGAUCCGCAAGGAGUGGGGCGCCUUAAGCAAGCAAGAGCGACUUGACUACCUCAAGGCUGUCAAGUGUUUCACAUCCAAGCCUGCAAGAACUCCUUCUGAGAUUGUCCCCGGGGCUAAGACGCGAUUCGAUGACUUCGUCGCCACGCACAUCAAUCAGACCUUCUCAAUUCAUCUGACUGGAACCUUCCUAUCGUGGCACAGGCAGUUUACUUGGCUGUAUGAGGAGGCUCUGAGAGAGGAGUGCGGCUACACUGGCACUCAACCGUACUGGGACUGGACCAAGUCUGCAAUUACGGGACUCAACACUUCUCCGGUCUUCGACGGAAGUGAUACGUCAAUCUCCGGCGACGGAGAGUUUAUCGAAGGCAAGGGUGAUUUGAUUCUUACCGAUGGCGAUGGCAAUGAGGUUGUUCGCCUCCCUUCCGGAACUGGUGGUGGUUGCGUAAAGUCCGGACCGUUCAAGGACUUAUCGGUCAACCUCGGCCCCGUCGCCCUGGCGCUUCCAGGCGGAGGCAGCGAGUCGAACCCAGAUGGACUUUUUGCCUAUAACCCAAGGUGUCUCAAGCGUGACCUUACCACUGAGAUCAACCGUCGCUUCUGCAAUGCGUCGGCUGUGAUCCACAACAUCGUCGUCCCCAAAGACAUCUCAACUUUCCAGUAUGAGAUGCAGGGCUUCACUGAGACAUCAGUCACCAUGUUGGGUAUCCACGGAGGCGGACAUUACAGUUUUGGCGGCGAUCCGGCUCGCGACUUCUUCACCAGUCCGGGAGACCCAGUCUUCUACCUUCACCAUGCCAUGAUUGACCGUGUUUGGUGGAUGUGGCAGAUGCUCUCCCCACACGACCGCCAGUUUACCGAGAACGCGAUUUCCGGCACCAACACGUUCUUGAACACGCCUCCCAGCGCCAACACUACUUUUGAGGACAUUCUGGACUAUGGCUACGCAUCCGACUCUCGCAUCACUGUUGGAGAUGCGCUUAGCACACUCUCUGGACCUUACUGUUAUGUCUACCUGUGA